CGGAGACAUUUAGGCUUCUGCGGUGCAUCCUGGGUAAUAACGGAACCGAGUGCAGUGAUUUAGUCUCCCGCCUGAGCUGCAGCUGCUCCUGGACUCUGAGAGGGUGAUCAUGUCCGGAUGGAACAGUCUCAGUGGCAGAGAGAAGAUGGUGCUGACAGUGGGUGUCUCCGCCGGUGCCGUGGCUCUCUAUGUCUGUUACAGCAAGUACCGUGACAGGAGUUGGGAGAAGCGCGGCCCCCAGAGAGACCACAUAAGCCCCAGUACGUCUCCAGCACCCAGGUUGUGUGUGUUGGAUGGGGAAAUCUAUGAGCUCCACAUGAAGGUCCCAUCAGAUUCAGUAAAGCUGCUCAUUGGGAAAGAGGGCAACAUCCGGAAGCGGGUCCGAAAGCAGACAGACGCACAUAUACAGGUGAAAGAGAUCCCAGGCUCCACGGGGGAACACGAGGUGACACUCAUAGGCACACAAAAACAGGUCUUUCAUGCCCAGGAAAUGGUUAACAGAGCCCUGCAAGAGAGCACCAUCUUGCAAGUGGAACUGAUGUUUCCCUCAAGGUGCAUGGGACGCAUCAUAGGGCAAGGAGGUGAAAGAAUACGUGCCAUUACCCGCAACACUGGAGCCAAAAUUGAAUGUGAGCCAAGAACCAAUGAAAGCAAAAUGUCACCCACCCGGCGCAUCACGGUGACAGGGACCAAAGAACAAGUGGAGGCUGCCACGUUCCAUAUUCAGAAGGUGUCUGAGGAAGAGCAGAGUAUUCAGCAAAGAGCGGCAGAAUCUUCUGCAUUUCGGUGUCGGCGGAAAGACGUCAUUGCCGUUAAGAAAGAGGCGAAGCAGCCUGUGGUGCAGGAGACAAAUAGCUAUACUCAGGGCAGUAGGGUGCAGGAAGAGAAGAGAGAGGGUGCAGCGUUAAUAGGGGAGAGUCUGCUUCGGGUGAACCAACCCAGCAAGGAGAAUGUUGCAGACACCACCUAUGAAGUGACCAGGUUUGAAGUUCCCAGCCCCGACUACCCAUUCCGAGCAGAUGAGUACGUUGAUGUUUACGUGUCGGCUGUGGAGAACCCUGAACACUUCUGGAUUCAGAUCUUGGGCUCCCGGUCGACUCAGCUGGACAAACUGACCUCAGAGAUGACGGAACACUACCAAAAUAAAAAGGGAGGCAUGACUGAAAUCCAGGUGGGUGGCAUUGUGGCAGCCCCGUUCCGCUCAGAUAAUUUUUGGUACAGAGCGAAAGUCCUGGGGUUCCUGGAGAAUGGAAACGUGGAUUUGUACUUUGUGGAUUAUGGAGAUAACUGGGAAACUGGGCAAGACAACCUCUUCCCUCUUCGGCACGACUUCCUGAGCCUUCCAUUCCAGGCAAUAGAGUGUGGCCUCUCUAAAAUCUCUCCUAAUGGCGCUACAUGGACGGAGGAAGCCCUGGUUUACUUUGAAGACCUGACACAUUGUGCCCUGUGGAAACCUCUAAUGGCCAAGAUCUCCAGCUUCCCCUCUCCAGGUGUCUCGUGCUUCCAGGUCCUGCUCUUUGACUCAUCCACUGACCCUGUAACGGACAUCAGGCAGAAGUUAAUAGUUGAUGGGUUUGCGGUGGAAAGUAAGGAGAGUCCCCAGCGAGAGGAUGAAGAGGGAUCAUUGGUGGCUCGGCUGUUGGAUGAAGUGACCAGUCUCUCCCUAGAACCGGAAACCAUCAGUUUUUCAAGUCGACUGGAUGAUCCUCAACCCUCAGAUGGUUCAAUAGAACUGAUGAGAGCUGAUCCAGAGCCAAAAGCAGCAGCCACCUUGGGUCACAAGCCAAAAGUGACGUCCACUCCCGUAUGUUACCCAAGAGCUGAAGAAGAGCAAGAGGGAAGCCUGGAGGAGAGCAUUGCCAAAAUUACUAUUGGUGACAGCGAGGGCUCAUUAGAAUCGGGGACUACAGAGACGGCCUCUGAGAAUGGCACCACCUCAUAUGAGGGCUCCUCUAAGUGCUCCAAAGAUUCCUCCAUCGACUUAACUGGUUCUUUCACCUCUGAGGAACAGAGCUCUUCCCAACUAGAAGACAGCAGCAUAUACUCCCCCCGGGGCUGCUUCUACUACCUGACUGACGAGCCCACCUCCAGCUCCAUCUUCUACAGCUCCUCCUGCGACGCCAUUACCAUAAGCUCUGAGAGCGAGGAGGAGGCCGGGCUGGAUAAAGGACCGACCAAUAAGAAGAAGACUGAGAAUGGGGCUGGUACGAGGUUGAGCUCUCUGUCACUGACUCCCCGCAGAGCACCAGCAGUGAAGACGAUGUGAUUUUGGUGGAAGACUGACCCCCAUAUUUGGCAGAGAACCAGCCACCAUUUCAUUUUGCACUAUAUAAAGUUCCUGUUUCUGUAUAUAUUUGUCUGUUAAUAAAAGUUCUAA